GUUUAUCGAUAUCAUUACAUUUCAUCUCACGUUUGUCACGUUCAAUUUAAAUCAGCUGCUGUACUUAAUAAAUUCCAUGAGUAAAUAAAUAAAUUCAAUUGGCAUUAAAACAAAAACACACUAUCUUCUCUACGGGACGGUCAAAUAAAGUACUUAAGAGAACGUAAUAGGCGUUUAAAAAAACCAACACAACUUAGAUCGUCCAUUGUUUUUUUCUACAACAAAACAAACAAAAUGUGUGCAUCUUUGGAGAAUCUGGCUACCAAUACAGAGAAUGAAAAUGCCGCAAGUGAUGCUAAUGGGAAUGACACUGCAACACAACCACAAACAACAACAACGGGUCAGUCAUCAACGGAGGAGAUGGGCACGGGAAUGGAAAAUGUUAAUGCCAAUGAUAAUCUACCCAUACCUGCAAUAACGUCACAAGAGCAAAUACUACGUGAAUAUGGGCCAAAUUUCAAAAUAUUGCAGUGCAAUCCACAAGUUCACGAGUUGUUAACAAUCAUUCGAGAUAAAAAUACCUCGAGAAGUGAUUUUAAAUUCUAUGCCGAUCGUCUAAUACGUCUAGUAAUUGAAGAGUCUUUGAAUCAAUUACCCUAUUCAAAUUGUAGCGUUGAAACACCCACUGGUGCCAUAUACGAUGGUCUGAAAUAUCAGUCCGGUAAUUGUGGCGUUUCAAUUAUACGCUCCGGAGAGGCUAUGGAACAGGGUUUACGCGAUUGCUGUCGUUCGAUUAGGAUUGGUAAAAUUUUGGUAGAAUCUGAUUCGGAUACACAUACAGCACGUGUGGUGUAUGCACGGUUUCCCGAUGACAUUGCACGCCGACAAAUACUGUUGAUGUAUCCCAUUAUGUCUACGGGUAAUACAGUACUACAGGCCGUUAAUGUACUCAAAGAACAUGGUGUACCCGAAAGUAGUAUCAUUCUGUCUAAUCUCUUUUGCACUCCGCUGGCUGCUAGUUGUGUUGUUAGCACAUUUCCACGUUUGAAAAUACUCACAUCUGAACUGCAUCCCGUUGCACCAAAUCACUUUGGUCAGAAAUAUUUUGGCACGGAUUAAAAAAAAAACAACAACAAGCAAAACCGGAUGGUAUGGCUUCCGAUCCAAGUUGUGCUCGCCUGUUCGAAUAAGCUUUCUGCCAAGUUAUAAUGUCACAAAAAUAUAAAUUAUUGCAAACCCUUAGAUAUAAGUAACAAUUCACAACAACAACAACAAAAAACCUAGACCUGUGUUUGGUCUUGAUUUCCUAGUAAUAACCCAUUUUAAUUGGCAUGUACUUUGUUUAGUUGUAUUCAACACUAUUUGUAUAUAAAUACACACAGUUUUACUUUGAA